GAAGUCGGAAUGGCGCCUAAGCCAACACCUGCAGGUUGGAGUAUGCUGCUGUUCGGAUCACAGAUUCACCCACAAUAUAACACUGCUUAGCCUGCUGCUCCCGCGUUUCGAAUCACCUUUACGACCAACAGUUGAACAACUUCGAACUUGAAACAAGAUACAUCCGAGUCAGUCACAGUUUCAGCGUCUGCGACCAUCCACGAUUUUUUGACGUAUCCAGAGAAUGACAGAGUGGAAUAAAGAUCAAUGGGGUAGCGGUCAAGGCUACCAACCAGUUAGUGGCGUACAGGAAAGGUUUGCGCCAGGCGUCUCCCAACCUUAUGCACCCCCUCCAAACCACCCGCCAUACCCACCGACAUAUCCAGAUACCAAAUCUCCUUACGAAGACGACCGAUUUAAACCGAAGAAAAAAGUCAAUGAUGUAGCCUUCUUGAUUCUCUUCGUACUGCAGUUACUAGGUUUUGCUGCGCUAUCUGGUAUCGUAAUAUCACAGUGGAUAUCCAGUGGUGGUCUUGGUGGAGGGUUGGGCGAUGGUUCACAUACUGGCAGCUCUGUGACACUCAACUGGCAUACUGUGUAUCUGUUAUUACUUGUGACAGCAGCUGGAUUACUGCUCUCUUCUGUAUAUCUCUUACUCGCGCGAUUAUUUACGAGAUUCAUCAUGCACAUCACACUCAUUCUCUCAAUUCUGCUCAACAUUGGAAUAUGCGUCUAUUACUGGAUCACCAAGUUCUAUUCUGGAGCUAUCAUUUUCACGGUGAUAGCCUUGCUCUCUAUAUUCUCCUACUGGGGGUAUAGGUCUCGCAUUCCCCUCGCAUCUCUUUUAUUGCAAGUGGUGAUGGACGUCGCAAAACACCAUACAAGCGUUUACUUCGUUGCGUUCAUGGCUCUCAUUCUGCAAGCUGCUCUAAGCGUCUGGUUUACCUUUACCGCGAUUGCUACAUAUGCCAAAUUCACACCUGGAAACCCAUCAUGUAACGAUGGAACAUCUUGCUCAUCCGCUAAAGUAGCCGGGCUCAUUUUCUUCGAGGCCUUUUCUUUCCUUUGGACGUCGCAAGUUAUUAGCAACGUUGCAUUAGCCACGCUUGCCGGUGGUCCUUUUGGAUGCUGGUACUACUUUGGUCCCCGUCAACAGGGCGAAAUGCCCAAGCAUCCUACACUCUCUGCGUUCGCCCGAGCAUCCUCCCUCUCCCUCGGAUCUAUCGCCUUCGGCUCGCUCAUCGUCACUAUUUUGGAGUUACUGAGAAUACUUUUGAAUGCUGCGAGGAAUAAUGCAGAUGCUGAUGGGCAACCCGUCGAAGCUUGCUUGGCUUGCUGCGCCGAAUGUUUCAUAGGCUGUAUAGACAACAUGGUGCAGUAUUUCAACAAAUAUGCUUACAUUGAAAUCGCCUUGUACGGCAAGCCUUACGUCCGCGCAGCUAAGGAUACGUGGAGGUUGUUCAAAGACCGAGGAAUUGAUGCUCUUGUCAACGAUUCUUUGAUUAGCAUGACACUCACCUGGGGAGCAUAUGCUAUUGGCUUACUAUGCUCCUUGUUCGCUUACCUUUACCUACGCUUCACACAUCCGUCAUAUAAUGCAGAUGGGCAAUAUACUGCACCAGUGUUGCUAUUUGCGUUCUUGAUCGGGAUUUCAUGUUCUUUGACUCUUUCUUGCGCCCUUGAAGCUGGUGUCUCAACGAUUUUCGUUGGGCUCGGUGAGGACCCACAAGUCAUGGAGAUACGUGCACCAGAGUUGUUCGCUAUGAUCGCCCAGACGUACCCUCAAGUUGUACAGGGCAUACCUCGAGUCUAAUUUUGGUGGAUCGUGUGUCUGGUCUGAAUCAUUAUGCUCGUUUAUCGGUCUUCCCUGACUGUAAACGUUACACUGAGACGUUUAGCUUGCUACCAUGUAUCAUAUUUUCGUGUAACUCAUGUACCAAGUUGUGUGACCGAAGUCCCGAUUUAUUGGCCAAUCAGUAGUCAGUUUCAGCAAAAAGGCGUAACCAAACA